AUGUGGGGUCAACGGCGGCCAACGGAGAGUCAACGGAGACCAACGUGGGGUCAACGGCGGCCAAUGAGGAGCCGGAGAGAUCGGCGGCGGCCAUCUUGGGGGCAACGGCGGCCGACGGAGAGCCGACAGAGCCCGGCCGAAGGCCGACGGCGACCAACGAGGAGGCGGAAGCCCGUGGGAUGGCGACGGCGGCCAUCUUGGGCUCAACGACAGCCAACGCGGGCUCGAGGGAGACCAACGCGGGGUCAACGGCGGCCAACGAGGAGCCGGGGAGAUCGGCGUCGGCCAUCUUGGGGGCAACGGCGGCCGACGGAGAGCCCGGUAGAAGGUCGACGGCGACCAACGAGGCGGCGGGACCGGUGGCCUCCCCCCCCGGCGGCCAUCUUGGAGGCCGGCCCGUGUCAGGCCUGGCCGACGAGCGCUUGGGGGUCGCCGGGAGAGCGGAGCCUGGGGGGCCGGGGGUCGCAGGGCAGCCUGGGGCCCGGCAUCCCGGGCCGCGGGGGGACGGAGCUGGACUCGGUGAGCGUCCUCUCGGGGACCCUGGAGUCGCUGGCGGGUCCCUUCCCCGACGACGGCAGCUCCGUGGGCUCCGACUCGGAGGCGGCCGGACCCUCCUAUCGCCGCACCGACCGCUACGGCUUCCUGGGGGGCAGCCAGUACAGCCAGAGCCCGGAGAGCUCGGUGCCCGUGGAUGUGGGGCGGCAGCGGGAGCUGAAGUGGCUGGAGAUGUUCAACCACUGGGACAAGUGGCUCUCGCGCCGCUACCAGAAGGUGAAGCUGCGCUGCCGCAAGGGCAUCCCCUCCUCGCUGCGGGCGCGGGCCUGGCAGCUGCUGUCCCACAGCCAGGCGCUGCUGGACGCCAACCCCGGCCUCUUCCAGGAGCUGGAGCGGGCGCCGGGGGAGCCGCGGUGGCUGGAGGCCAUCGAGAAGGACCUGCACCGCCAGUUCCCCUUCCACGAGAUGUUCGUCGCCCGCGGGGGGCACGGGCAGCAGGACCUGUACCGCGUGCUCAAGGCCUACACCGUCUACCGGCCCCAGGAGGGCUACUGCCAGGCCCAGGCCCCCGUGGCCGCCGUCCUCCUCAUGCACAUGCCCGCCGAGCAAGCCUUCUGGUGCCUGGUGCAGAUCUGCGAGAAAUACCUGCCCGGCUACUACAGCGCCGGCCUGGAGGCGGUGCAGCUGGACGGGGAGGUGUUCGGGGCGCUGCUGCGCCGCGCGGCCCCCGCCGCCCACCGGCACCUGCGGCGCUUCCGGGUGGAGCCGGUGCUUUACCUGACGGAGUGGUUCAUGUGCAUCUUCGCCCGCAGCCUGCCCUGGGCCGCCGUCCUGCGCGUCUGGGACAUGUUCUUCUGCGAGGGGGUGAAGAUCAUGUUCCGCGUGGGGCUGGUGCUGCUGCGCCAGGCGCUGGGGACCCCCGAGAAGCUGCGGAGCUGCCAGGGGAUGUACGAGACCAUGGAGCGGCUGCGCAGCGUCCCCCCCCCGGGGCUGAGCGAGGACGCCCUGGUGCAGCAGGUGGGGAC